AUGUUCAAAAAUGGCAGCAUCUACAGACCUACUGCACCUCGCAGGAAACACUACGAUAUUCCUCAUGGCAAGGUACUACUCUUUCAAGUGGACCGCAACUGCUUAGUACCCAGCUUAGCUGCUUUUGCACUCAAGUUGGAAACUUAUUUAAGGAUGGCAAAUAUUCCCUAUGAGAAUGACUACAGUUUUACCAUGUCCAGUAAAGGGAAAGUACCUUGGAUCAUCGUCAAUGAUAAAGAAGUUGCAGAUUCCUCAUUUUGUAUUGAGCAUUUAAGUAAAGAGUUUUCAGUUGAUUUAGAUCGAGAGCUCAGCUCUGAGAAGAAAGCAUUGGCUCAAUUACUGACUAAAACCAUGGAGGAGAACACAUUUUGGGCUACGAUUGAACAAACUCGAAUUUUCGACGCAAAGGAAGAAUGGCUUGACAUGAUCGACGUCCGGCCAAACUGGAGAUCAUUUUUCAAGAAUCAAGGCCCGCAAAUUGUUUCUGAGUAUAUGUAUGGACAUGGUAUUGGAAGACAUUCUACGGAAGAGAUACACCAUAUUGGCAAGCAGGAUUUGAGAGCUUUUUCAGUAAUUCUUGGAAGCAAAGAUUACUUUUUAGCAGAUACUCCUACUACAGUAGAUGCAUGCAUGUUUGGCUGUCUGGCGAAUAUCCUGUAUGCAACACCUAAGUCGGGCUACUGUCAUCAACUACUAACAACAGAGCUAACCAAUUUAGUAGACUAUGUUGAAAGAAUGAAAGAAAAGUUCUGGCCAGAUUGGGAAGAAAUUACAGCGGCAGCACCUCGGGGUAGCAGAGGCGAUUAA